GGAGUGGAUAUAUAUCAAAGGGGUCCUUUUUAGCCAGACAACACGAACUAUAUUUAUCUUUAAAUAGAUUUCCUCAAAUGCUUUUCUACAACAAAUUUCGUAAGUUUAAUACCGACAUGGGGUUAGUUGGAAAAUGCAUUGUGUGUAUCGUCGCGAUUUUGCUGGCCUUUCGUUUGUUGAACUACCAUGUGCUGAGCGAUACAUACGGACAUCAGGGGGAAAUUCUUGGUGGAUCUGUGAAUAAUGGAUACUGUUGGAGUUCAGAGGAGGAAAUCAAUAAAGGCACGGAAGAUUUGCUGCCUUUGCUCAACCGCAUAACGUCGAAGCAAUACUAUCGUUACUUCAAAGUAAACAUAGAGAGGCCAUGCCCUUUCUGGGCAGUACACUUCAUUUGUACUAGUAAGGAGAAUCCAUGUAGUGUUUGUAGGUGUGACGAAAAUAAUAUACCAAAGGAACUACAUGAACCGACGGAUAUGAGUGAAUACCCUAUACCUGAUGCGCAUAUUUCACAAAUUGUCCCACAUCCCAUUAAUGUCGAUAAUUGGGGUUCUUGGAAAACGAAGGAUGAUAAUGCAGAGUAUGUUGAUCUUCUACAAAACCCGGAGGCCAACACAGGCUUUAUUGGCCCGAUGGCAGCAAAAGUUUGGCAGGCAAUAUAUAAAGAGAACUGUUUUUCAUGCAAUCAAUCGAACCACACCGAAAGCUUUGUUUUCCGAAGACUCCUCAGUGGCUUGCAAACAUCAAUCAGCGUGCAUGUUUUCACAAACUUUUUCAGAGAUCCGAAGUUCGAAUCUCCUUUAUAUAAAAGUGGGCUCUAUAAUAAUCCCAAUAUUUCCUUUUUCCCGAAUUGCAAGUUGUACCGAGAAAAGCUACAGCCAAACAAAGAGUUCAUUCAGAAUCUUUAUGCGCUCUUUCAAUUCACUCUGCGAGCUUUAACAAAGGCGAAAUCAUCAUUUAUUGAUGAUUUAAAGUCGUUGGAUUUCACUGAAAAUUCUACUAUAGAGUUGGAACAUCAAGAGUUGCAUUCAGAUCUAAUGGAACUUUUUUAA